GGGUCAGACUCAGGAGUGUCUAGCCCUGUGCUCUGCUGUCCCGGUCCCAGAGCAGACCUGGGACGCCCCAGAGCUGAGCUCACACGGGCAGUGCAGCUCUCUCACCCCUCCUGAAGGAGAACGCGGGAACUGUCCAGCGGACGCCGGGAAACUGGGCAUUUCCAGGAACAGAAACUGAAAGCUGGGCUCGCCACAGCCCGCUCCUGCCAGAAGGGGCAGGCAGGACUCAGGCCUAGAAAUAGCAGAGCAGGGAGCGAGAGAGCCAUGGUCCGGGUCUGGGAGGACACCCGGGAAGCGCAGCCUCUCCACUCCUGCUCCUCUUCCCUGCUUGAUUGCUGGCUUUUCCCAGGAGGAGCUCAGCCCUGAAGGCCUCACGCCUGUCCUUUCUGACUAUAUUUGGCCUGCAUUCUAAUUUUGGGUCUUUCCAGAAGGAGCAGCCCUUUACCUGAGGGUGGUGACCUUCACCCCGCGAGUGGAUGACUUCCAGGAAAGGCCAGAGACACCUGAGCACAUUCAACCCUCUGAAGCAGGCCUGGAUUCCAUUCACCUGGCUUCUGCCCGCCAGCUCUGCCCGCCAGCUCUGCCCCUGUGCACCAACCCAGCACCCAGCCAUUCACCCCUCCACGCAGAUCAGGGACCUUGCCUCCCUACAGCAGGACGCACAACCCGACUGAUCUCGGCCCCUUGGGACCGUCACAGGGACCCUUGGAGGAGGACUCUAGCAGGUGUACUAAUAACACUUAUCUAGUUGAGUUGGAAGAAGAUUAAAUGAGACGAGGCACACAAACGACCAAGCCCAGACAGACUCAUGAGGCCUCCUCGCGGUACUAUUAAAUAGAAAGAAGGGAGAAUUCUCUGAGGAACGACUUCCUCGGGCGUCCUCACAAGCCCAGAGAGCCCUGAGAGCAGGAGCUGAGAGCGUGCGGAGAGCCCCACAUGCGUCCUGUAGAGCGAAACCCCCGCCAACGCUGGGAGGUGGCUCCUCUGCUGCCCGCCAUGGCGGAAGACCAUCGCACUCCACUCUCUGCCUCCUUCACGUCGGUGGCGUCGUAUCAGAGAGGCUACAGCGUCCCGCCUGAGGUCAGCAGGAGGCUUGAGAAGGCCUUGAGAGAAGGGAAGUUGCUGGAAGUGUCUUCUGUGGCCAGGGAGACGGUGGAGACAGUGUCCAGAGCUCAGGUGAGCGUCGCCGUGACGGGGGACUCUGGCAAUGGUAUGUCGUCCUUCAUCAACGCUCUGCGGGAGAUCGGACACGAGGAGACGGCCUCAGCUCCCACGGGGGUGGUGAGGACCACGCUGACCCCGGCCAGGUACACCUCCCCCAGGUUCCCCGACGUGUCCCUGUGGGACCUACCGGGCAUGGGGGCUUCAGGCCAGAGCCUCGACCACUAUCUGGGGGAGCUGCAGUUCGGCCAGUAUGACCUCUUCCUCAUCAUCGCGUCCGAGCAGUUCAGCGCGCACCACGUGAGGCUUGCCAAGGCGGUCCAGCAGUGUGGAAAGAGGUUCUAUGUCAUCUGGACCAAGGUGGACAGGGACCUCAGCACAACCCCGCUCUCCAAGGUCCUCCUCCUGCAGACUAUCCAAGAGAACAUCCUGGAGUGUCUCCGGAAGGAAGGGGUGCGGGAUCCCCCCAUCUUCCUGGUAUCCAGCCUCGACCCUUCCUUGCACGACUUCCCAGCCCUGAGGAGGAAGCUGAAAGUGGACAUCUCCAGCAUCAGGUGCUGCGGCCCCUUGAAGGCCCUCUCCAGUAUCUGCGAGGAGGUCAUUAAUGAGAAAGCGGCCUCCCUGAAGGCAAAAGUGUCCCGAAGAUACCUCCAGGACGCUCUUGGCGUGGGGGAUGCGGAGGACCUGGAGCAGUGUCUGAGGGCCUACCGCCUGCGCUUCGGGGUGGACGACGAGUCCCUGCAGCAGGUGGCCUGGAGCACGGGCAGCGUGGUGUCGGAGUACAGGACCAUCCUGCCGUCCCGGGACUGGCACGGCCUCCGCAGAGCUGACUGGAAACUGAGGCUGUCCACCUGCUCCGUGGCGACGGCGCUGCUCUGCCUGCUGCCGUGGGUCCCGUGCUGUGGGCGCCGCAUGGCCCGCUGGCUCGUGCGCGUGACACAUAGACGCAUGCUGCACUUAGUUGCCCAGGACACCAAGGCCAUCCUGAGGAAAAUCCUGGACGACUCCACGUGUCCUGCCUGAGCCAGGCUGCCAGCGGAUGGCGUCCUCGUCCCCCGUCCUCGUGCCCCGCGGAAGUUAGGCUGCCUGCUCAUCCUCUUCCCCACCGGAAGUCAAGAAAUGUCAACUACCUUCUACGUAUAAGGAAUGUAGGGAAGGGGGCUGGGGAUUUAGCUCAGCGGCAAAGCGCCUGCCUGGCAAGCGCAAGGUCGUGAGUUCGGUUCCCGG